CAAUUUCAAACCACAUCGGCUUUAUGUCAUUCUCAAGGCAUCCUAACUGUUCGGCCUCUGACUCAAACUUUGCUUCAUUUGGUUUAUUUGUUUGUUCGGUUUCAAAUUGUUCCGUCUUCCCUUUAACCAGAAAAACACCAAACUAUCAUUUUUGCUUGUCAUCUCCUUACGUCAAUCCGACCGAUCCGGUUCGAUCCUAACCGGGGAAGGUUUAUCAGCUCAUUGACUUCUAACUUAAACCGUCGUCGCGCGAGAAAAGAAAAAACACCAAUCUGAAUUAAACCGAUGGAAUUUUCAGGACGGCGAGUGAGAAGAUUCAGAAUGAGAUUCGGACGGAACCGCCUCGCCGGCGCCGGAGGCGGCGAUUACAAUGAUGGUUCAAUCCUCCACGGCGGGAAUACGGAAAGCCAAGCUUCGUGUUGCUACUGCGAUCUCAAGAUCUCGAGGUUCAACGAACCAAUCUUCCGCCUCGGACGGCGAUUCUCCGGCAUGAUGAAAGUCUGGUUCUCAAUCGGACUCGGAUUCGGCGUCGCCUCUCUUCUCCUCGUUACCCUCUUUCUCCUCCUCCAAUUCCACCCUAUCCCACUCUCCAACCGCCUCGCCGCCUCCGUAUUCGGAUUCUCUCCGUCCACACGCGUAUCACUUUCCGGCAUCGUUUACGUAUUUGUUUCCACUGUUAUUACUGUCUUAGUUCAUGAAAUUGGCCACGCACUUGCUGCUGCUAGUGAAGGAAUUCAGAUGGAAUACGUUGCCGUUUUCAUCGCAGCUAUAUUUCCGGGAGGUCUUGUAGCUUUCGAUCAUGAUCUCCUACAGUCACUUGCAAGCUUCAAUGCUCUUCGUGUUUACUGUGCUGGUAUUUGGCACAAUGCAGUGUUGUGCCUGCUCUGCGCGUUGGCUUUGUUUCUCUUGCCUGUAACGUUGUCUCCGUUCUACAAACACGGUGAAAGCCUCGUGGUUGUGGAUGUACCUUAUAAGUCGCCGUUGUUUGGUUACUUAUCUCCUGGAGAUGCUAUCGUGUCAUUGGACGGCAUACGGAUCCAUAAACCUAGCGAAUGGCUUGAAUUGGCAGCGAUUUUGGAUAAGCAAAACAUUGAAACAUCGAAUGCUUCCUCGUAUCUUGGAGGUUCGAGGAGGUUUCAUCACGGGAAAGGUUACUGUGUCCCUAUCUCUCAGAUUGAAGAAGGGCUCAAGGGGAAGAUGGUUGAGAACCAAUAUCUUUGUCCCGGUGAUCUCACUCCAUUUCAACAUGUGCCAUGCUCAAAUGCAGCUCCGAGAGAGGUUUACGUUUGUUUGGAUGCAAAGGAUAUCGUCAAGCUUGACAAAUGCGGUGAUGGAUGGGUGGCAACAUCAGACACUGAUGUUAAAAGUGACUGCGUUUGUUCACAGGGGGAGGCGUGUUUACAGGCAGUGCAAUCUCCAGGCGUAUCAUGGACAGAGAUCACCUAUAAAAGAACCUCGUCACAGGAUUGUUCUAGACUUGGUCUGGAUUACAAUAGCUCGAGUUGUGUCGGGACGUUUGUAUUUGUCGGUGAUCUGACCGCCAUGUCACGGUCAGUUCGUUUAACCGCAUACCAACCUCGCUGGCUGUUUAACUUCUUUGGCAAAUCCUUCCCGGAUAUCAUAGAAAGGAGCUUGACCUGCACGUUCCAUGUCUCUCUCGCGCUAGUUCUUCUCAACAGCUUACCAGUGUAUUACCUUGACGGUGAGUCCAUUUUGGAAUCUAGUCUCCAGUCUUUGACUUGGUUAAGCCCAAGAAAGAAGAAGAAAGCUCUUCAAGUUUCCCUUUUUGGAGGGAGUCUCCUCUCUCUCCUCGCCUUCUUCAGAAUCUUCCUCAUCGGUUUACCUCUGAGCCGAUGGUGAAUUGCCCUGUAUAACAUUACGACAUGAUUGGGAUUGUUCAUGUUUGAUCUCAUUUACUGUAGAUAUAGUUGUAUAGAAUCUAAAUCAGUUAGAUACACACCUCAUCUUAUAAUUUAUGGCUCAACAGUUUUUAUAAUGAAUCUCACUUUGGUCUUUUUGUAUCUGCUUAUGAAC